UGAGUUUAGCUCUACGUAUUAGCAAACUGUUUUCUGGGUUCUUAAGAAAGUUGCUGAAUUUGUGGGGUGAAAAGUGUUCUGUUUCUGGAAUGAAUGAAGCACGUACAAGCCCGUCCGGAUGAUGAGCACGAUAGAGAACAGCGAAAAAUGUAAAUUCAUGGAUUACGCCAAACAAGAUACUACGCAACACCACGCUUAACUGUUCAACCACGUAACAUGCCUUUGGCUGGCUGGUGGCCUGGUGCACGCCAUAUAUUUCAAUGCAAAUAAUCGUAGUUGCCUGCGGAAGGUGACCAGAAAACGGUGGGUGCAGUAAGGGACAAUCUAACUGCGGAGCGCAUUUACGCAUUGUGGCAAACGUAGUGUAGUGGCCAUCGUGCUAAGCGCUAACAUCGCGCUUAAUAUGGGUUAGCUGUACCUUUACGUGCUCAUUACCCGGACGGGCUUGUAGUCAGAUAAGUUGUCCUAAGACUUAAACUCAAAUUGAAUCCGUUGGCGGUGAUCAAUCUAGAGCGGAAAUGCACUUGUACGAAACAACUGAGCGAAAACUGCGGGCAUGGAAUUCGGUAGAUGCGUUGCUGGAUAAACACGGUCCACUGCAACACGGAAGCGUUAUCAACGUAAGGGACAGCGGCUUGAUCAUUGACUUUUACUGUGCCGGUCAGCGGUCGAUGCUGGUGAAAUUCGGGAAGGUCUUUGCCUCGUGGAUCGACCAAAAGUGUUUGUGGUUGGACUCGCGCUUCCCCAUAUCAUGGACAAAUUCCUACUGCCCUCCGUCCGCGGAAUCCGACAAACCGGAUGUGCAGGUGCUGUUGCGUGUCCACCCUGACGGUCCGUGGCUGUGGCAUCCCGGGAAACUGCUCAUGUGCAAUUUCGUCGAGGUCUAUGAAUACGUCUUUGUGGCAGUGCAGUUGGGCGGAACUACGGUUCACGAAUUGGUUCGUCUGUCGCAGGUACGCUUUCCCCCGUCCGAAGACGAGAUGCGACGACGGAUCAUUCAAGCCGGUGAGUUCGUUAUGCGCACCGUGGAUCUGCCGGACGGAUACUGGCAGUUUAUUUACACGCCGGAGUUAACGGCGGCGUUUUGUCAGCUAAUCGAUGACAUGUACCAUGCACGGUGCCUUUUAGUAUUCAGCAAUUUGAUUCACUAUUUGCAACGCACGAACGGGUUCGCGAUUCCAGACAAGCGUCAUCUCCUGGAUUCCUUAAUCCAAGCGGAAUAUUUUGCCAAGCAUUACGUGAAAUGCGGUCGAGACUAUCUGCGCUUCUGGAACCCCGCGCACAUAAAAACCAACGAAGAAACGCCGCUUAUGCAAGAGGAACGUUGCUUUCCGUUGCCACGCCUGCUGCUAGUUGAGAUCUUUCAGUCCCUCGAUACCAUCGGACGCCAGCGGUGUCGACGUACCUGCCACCGGUGGGAGGUCAUUCUUACGUCAAAUGAGGCUUGCCGCGAUGUCCGGGUGUCGUUUGGCCGCACCGAUUUCACGUCUCGGUGGUUGGACCACGAUUUAGCGCCCUAUGCAGUGUACAGCUGCGUCCUUAAACACGUGACACCGGCAACGUGCGCUAUCUGCUUCCUUGACCACGAUGAUGGUUGGCAACCGAAUCAGGAUUGGAGAACCGGCGUGCUUGACUGUUUGCAGCAGGUGCUGGGUGGGGUUGGGCGUCGCAUCCAACGACUGGUCUUCUUUCGGUUUCAUAUCCACGUGCACGGCACUAGCAAGCCUCUGAUGGAAUGCUUUGAAGAGAUGACCCAAAAUUACGAUGCGCUGGCGUCAUGUUGUGAAAAAAUUAUCCAUAAAGACGUCGUGUUGACAAGCGAGCACGCGGAAUCACUAAAUAGCUGAAGACCGAAGUGACCGAUUUUGGAGGAAGAACUGCAAUACCCUCAGCUCAAUUGCGAAGUUUCCUAUCCGUACCUUCAAAACACACCUUGAAAUUCCUGAUUAUGUUUGAAUCGAAUUUUGUAGGAGGAUUUCUUAGUCCCAUCUGAAACUCGUGUUCAGCAGUACGUAAAAUGUGGACAAGAAUACCGAUGCAGCUGGAAUCCAGUGGCCAUACCCACGUCGGAGCAGCCGAAUGCAACCGACCGACCCGGAAUGCCGCUGGAUCGAAUACUUGUGGUGGAGAUCUUCCAGUCACUAGACACCAUCGGACGUCUGAGGUGUCGACGCACGUGCCACGCAUGGGAGCCUAUUCUGAUGUCAGCGGAAGUGUGCAACGAGAUGCGCGUGUCGUUUCACCGGAGUGUUUUCACAUCACUGUGGUUGUAUCAGGACUUGGCGCAUUACGCAGUGUACAGCUGCGUGUUUAAACACAUCUACUCAACGACGCAUACCCUCUGCUUCCUGGAUUAUGACAAAGAUUGGUGGGAGACUCAAGCAUCGAGUUUCGGCGUACUUGACUGUGUGCAGCAAGUACUGAGUGUGGAAGGCCAACGGAUCCAGCGCAUGGUUUUCUGUCGGCGUCGCAUCCAUUUGCGUAGUUCUAGCUAGCCCCUCAUGGAAUGCUUUAAAGAGAUAGCUCGAGGUGCACUUGCGUCAUGUUGUGACACAAUUAUCUUUAACGUUAACGGCGAACGAGCUGGGACCGUCACGUAUUGCGCGCGCAGUAAUUCCGCUGAAUUUGUGCGGUGUGGUGCAAUUGUCGGAUGUUUUAGAGGAUCCUAUGGAACGUGGGUUGGAUACGGUUACCACUGGGAAACGUUCCGAACGUAACACUAAGCGGUAGAAUUUUAUUAGCGAUUUUUCCUCCAUUUAUCGACCGAAGCGAAGCGAAGGUCCUCUAUGUUCAAGAAAACAGGAAUUUCUGUGCGUCGGUCACGCACGUCGGUCACGCUGUAUUUCGUCGGUCACGCUGCGCGUCGGUCACGCUGAAUACAAUUAUAUGUAUUCAUGUUAUU